AUGGAUAGCUAUGCAGUUCAUAAUUUGGCACCAAGAAGAGACCCAAAAUCACCUAAAAGUGGAACAAAAUCACCGAUGCUAUUGGCAUUGAAAAGAACUACUACUAGGGCCAACAUUACUCCAAUAUUAAUAGAGGAUUUGGACGAUUUUGGAAUUAACCAUCAAGAUGAAAGUGAAAGUAACAAAACUUGCGUUCUUUCCCCAAGAACUGCGUUUGAAUUCAAGUUGGGUUCAAAUUUUGGUGACUACAACCUUGGGGGUAUUGUGCGUGUUCGAAAAGAAAAAUUCGUUAUACUAGACUGUGUUUCUGGAAAGCUCAAAAUGUUCAAGAGGGUCACAAACAAAAACAAUGAGCUGCAAUUUCGUUGUAUAACAACUUACAAUCUAUCAGAUCACUCACUUGGUGUUGCGGCUGUGAAGGAAAACAUGAUCGCUGUGACGUCUGAAAAGAAGAUUCAGUUUUUCAGGGUAAGGAGAUCCAAAAUUAAAUGCUCCCCAACAACUAUAAAAGCGCCAUCUAGGUGUUUUGCCAUAACCGGGUCAUCAACUAAAGUGUUUUUCAUUGGCCAGAUCACAGAUUCAAAAUUUGGUUGCAUUAAGUGUUAUGAAAAAAUCAAAGGAACAUUAAAAUCACACUGGAAGCUAGACUUCAUCGUCGAACGACCAUUCAAUGAAGAUCUUUCGAUUAACUCCUCGAUGGUAGCUGAUGUAGAAGAAGCCACGAUAUAUUUCACAGACCCUUCAAGCAAAUUUCUAGCGUCGAUGUCCUUUCGUGGAGAAAUGAUCAGAAUCGUGCGUUUUGAUUGGACACCCAGAGGUCUGGCAGUGGUGGGGGAUUUCCUGAUUGUAGUCAACGAUACUAAUCGUUCUCUCUGUUUGAUGAACAAAAAUGGACAACUGUUGAAAAUCUUGAUCAGCAACCUUCACGAGAACCCCUCACAUCUAUGCUAUAACCCGAUAAACCAGGAACUGUUUGUAUGUGCUCUUCGCUCGCAAAAAAUUCGUGUUUAUUCAGUAGAGGCAACAGGAACUGCAAUGGCUUCUAGCGAAUGUUAA